UUGAUAAUAUACUAUUAUAUAGUAGUUGCACACGUAUAUUAUAUAUAACACCCACCUCCACACCCGGUCACAUCCACAAAGGCGCUGCAAUUUCAGUCACACACGUUCAAACCAAAGCAACCAGAUUCUCUCUCGGAGAUCAACGCAAUGGGUUUGAAGGAGGAGUUUGAGGAGCAUGCUGAGAAAGCAAAGACCCUUCCAGAGACGACAACCAAUGAGAGCAAGCUCAUCCUGUAUGGGUUGUACAAGCAAGCCACUGUUGGAGAUGUUAACACCGCCCGUCCCGGAAUGUUCAAUAUGAGGGACAGAGCAAAGUGGGAUGCAUGGAAGGCUGUUGAAGGCAAAUCCAAGGAUGAAGCCAUGGGCGAUUAUGUUACAAAGGUGAAGCAGUUGCUGGAAGAAGCAGGAGUUUCCACUUGAUGUUUACAUGUGGUGUAGUUGGCCUCUGUGUUUCUCAAUCUAGAUUUAAAGUGAUCUGUAAUAAUCUCUAUUGUUUUUCACAUUGGUACUCUGUUAUAUCUGAAGUUGUCUGAAUGUCCCAUCUAUGAGAUGCUUUCAGUCGAUAUGGAUUUUUAGUAAAUGGUUUCUAAUG